UAUUGAUAGUGUUGGAGCUUGAGGAACCUAAGCUCUCGUUGUUCCAGGCAGAGCUCGGGACGCGCCUUCUGCAACCUGAGGCCAAAUAUCGGGAUAUAAGCCCCGAGAGCCAAUCUGGAGCACGGAAAGCUAGUAAUUACCAUCAAAGAAGUUUAUUUUAUCACUUGUGUGUCGGUAUAUUCAAAUGAUCCUUCCGCGUUGAAACCACUCGCAAUACAAUAAUCAUGGCAGGUUUAGUAGAUUAUGGAAGCAGCGAUGAGGAGGACUCACUUCAGAUUGACAACCCGCAGACUUCUUCCAACCCUUCUGGAGAUUUAAUAUCCAACAAUUCUACUACAAAUAUUACAGCAAAAGAUGUGCAGCUACAUGCGAAAGAGCUUCCAUCCACGGAAACCUCACGAACUAUUGAACUACCAAGCAAUCCAAAACCGAACGCUCCACUCGUUGGACCACAACUGGGACCAGUCGAGGCAACGGGCUACUCAGAAUUAGAGGACGCCAUGAACGGGGAACGAGACGGAGAACCACAGUCACCAUACUCCGCGAAUCGAGCUUUGUUACGAGAUCUUACCCUUCCAACAGUUCCUAAUUACGAUAUUCCCCCUUCACCCCCAGGCUCACCAGUAGCCAGUACGAAUGCGAAAUUUAAGCAUUUCCUCGAACUUAAAAAGCAGGGUACACAUUUCAAUGAAAAGCUUGCAAAGUCAGCGGCGCUCAAAAACCCGAGUUUGAUGCAGAAGCUCAUGGACUUCGCGGAUAUUGACGAGGCGGAACAAUAUGCAACAAUCCUUCCUCAGAAUCUAUGGAAUCCGGCUGGAUUCCCGGAGCAUGCUUACAAGGAGGAACUCGCGAAAAGCCAACAAAAAAUCUUGAAGGAAAGAGAAGAAAAGAAAGCUCGAGGUCAAAGGGAAGCCCUGGAUUUCGUACCUGCAACGGCCUCGGGCGAAAGUCGCAGCGCAAUUUCAAAUACUAGUAGCAUUAAUGGGAAGGGACAAAAAAGCACUGCCGAACGAAUUAUGGCGGGGCUCGAUAAGGGCAGGUCCAAUCCAUCAAACACGCAAGGCGUCAAGAGAAAGACAAGAUUCGAGAGUUGAGAUUCACGGCCUAUUGCGAAGAUCCGUUCAAAACUACAACAAGACGUUUCAAGCUUCGACUUGAGAACCAGGUACGACUUUAAGUCUUUGGGUAGAAGAUCUGCGAUCGAUUGAAGGAAACACCUUGGGACACUUGGAACACUCGAGAUUUCAUCAUCAUCAUAAAGUCCCGGGGUGGAGAGCCUUGGUUGAUAUCAGAUGACAAGAGACUCAGAGACUAUGUUUUACAAUAGUCCAGCAGACUCAUUGGGAUUCCUUCUGAUAUUGUUUAUACUACUCGUGUAUUCACAAGACCCGAGCAUGCACAUAUAUCACGAGAUAUUGUAUUUGACUGACCCCAGAUUGAAGGGUAACGAUUCAAAUUGGAAUUUGGAUUGAGGCUCUCGGGAUAUUUGAUGAUAUUGAAUGUAGCGAGGGCGAAGAAUUAGAAAAAAUCUAGCCCUCUGACCUAAAUUCCACCUCGAAAUAGGUAUCUUAUUACUCGUGGCUUAAAUCUUUACCCCCACUGGCCAUAUGGCAUACAUGUAUAUGAUAUCCACAUUCAUUAUUAGUCUCAGUUCCACUCAACAUGGGGAAACAGAGAGUUUUAUACAGAAUGAACAUGACGUUUGCCCGUGCGUGGAAGCUUACUGAUGUUUAUGCUAUUUUGUACUCGUAGAUCAUGUUAAAAGUGUUGAAAUUGUACGAGGUAGGUGAGUAGUUGGUACGAAUACCUAGG